UGACGGCAGCAAAUAAAAUUAGUUUCUGUGGCUAAGGCAGCAUUUUCGUCUCCUUGCUCAGCGAGACGAUGACUCACACUCAACGACGACACCAAUAACGUCUCCGUCAAGAAGCCUUUCCUCCAAUCUUCUCUUUCCUCUCACGUCACCGCCUAAGGUACCGUUUUCCUUAUUUCAAUUUCAACUGACUGAAUACUAAGUGUGUGGUGGUGGUGGUUACGUGGCACCAUUUUUCAUCUUUCCUUUUUUAUCUGCGACUCAGUCUCAGAGACGCGCAACAAAGUUUACGUCAUCCACCUUUGCUCUUACGAGUCACGAUGAUCCACUAGGAGUUGGAAUGAAUAGUGAACGGCAGUCCAAAACUUUGAACUAGAGAAAGAGAAAGAGAAAGAGGAUAAUGAGUGGGGAAGGAAAGGUGGUUUGUGUGACCGGUGCGUCCGGUUAUAUCGCUUCAUGGAUUGUCAAGUUCCUUCUCCAACGUGGUUACACUGUCAGAGCCACUGUUCGUGAUCCAAGUGAUCCUAAAAAGGUUGACCACUUGAUUAAACUUGAUGGUGCAAAAGAGAGGUUGCAACUCUUUAAGGCAGAUCUUUUGGAACAAGGUUCUUUUGACUCUAUUGUUGAGGGUUGUGAUGGCGUCUUUCAUACUGCUUCACCUGUUCGUUUUGUCAUUGACGACCCUCAGGCUGAGUUGAUUGAUCCGGCGGUGAAGGGAACUCUUAAUGUUCUUAAAUCAUGUGCGAAAUCACCAUCUGUGAAACGGGUUGUCUUAACUUCUUCUACUUCUGCAGUUGCAUUUAACACAAGGCCGAAAAAUCCUGGAGUCAUAGUUGAUGAGACAUGGUUUUCAGAUCCAGAUUUCUGUAGGGAAUCACAGUUAUGGUACACACUUUCAAAGACUUUGGCUGAGGCUGCAGCAUGGAAAUUUGUAAAUGAAAACAACAUUGACAUGGUUGUUAUUAAUCCAGCUACGGUUGAGGGACCUCUCUUACAACCAGAGGUUAACGAAAGUGUUAAACCAAUUUUAAACCUAAUAAAUGGUAUACCUUUUCCAAAUAAUACUCUUGGAUUGGUCAAUGUGAAAGAUGUUGCGAACGCCCAUAUUCACGCGUAUGAGAUUGCUUCAGCUAGCGGAAGAUAUUGUUUGGCUGAGAGAGUGGUACACUACUCAGAACUUGCUAAGAUUUUACAUAAUCUGUACCCAUCAUUACAAAUUUCAGACAAGUGUGAGAAUGAAGAACCAUACUUGACAACGUAUCAGAUUUCCAAGGAAAAGGCUGAAAGCUUGGGAAUCGAGUUUACUCCUUUGGAAGUUAGCCUCAAGGAGACUGUGGAAAGCUUCAGGGAAAAAAAGAUUGUCGAUUUUUAAUAAGCUUCAACAUCCCACUUAAUCAAUGAAGACAUGAAAAGAUGUUAGUAUCAUUUGAUCUAUGACGUGGAAGUGAAUCCCAUCUAGCAGAAUAACCCUAUAGAAGUUUGUUGUUAACUUCAAUCAUGUUCACUAUGUUAUUAAUAAAUCAUGUUGAGAAGAAAUUUUCAUUGUAAAAUAAGGUGUGUAAACUUUGUGUUAAAUCAAAACGGGUCAAUAUUGUUCAGCAAUGUAAAAUUGAGUUUAAAGGGCAUGCAGUGAACCGAUUCUGUCUUCAUGUAAAUCAAUAUUCUUGAUGUGUCAUUAUAACCUUGUAAUUGUGUCUUGAAGGAUUGAAGAUAAAAAUAUGAAUUCAGUUUAUGCCGAA